CAAGUAAAUUUGUGGAAAGUGCGUGCCUCACAAGAAAAGAAGUAAUUAAGUUUGAACUGACGUACGUUUAAGGCCGCAGUCCAUGCACGCAGGAGUUUAAUUCUUACAGCUCUGUUGUAGAGCAUCUCAAAGUGUAACUGGAUGGUCAUAGGUUCGACUGCUGUGGCAAGAAAGCGAUUUUUUUCCGAGUCAGCUGUGUCAGUGACUGAAAAAAACAUCAUUCUCAACAUAGUAUAUGAAGCACCCGCCUAGCUUCAGUCAGUGAUAGAUUCACAGGACUCCCUAGUUUGUCGCAUCGCAGGUGCUGUUUACUAGCUUCUUAGUAGAUCGGGUUAGCCUCUACAUAUACCCUCAACUAACCACUAGUUUAAACAUUUAACUUAACAUUUUUAUGUAAACUGUAGACAUAUUUGGCUUCAGAUCAUCGGAGACUAAAACGCACAUCUCGCUGAUCAAUCAAGUUGACCAAAAGACAAACCUAACCAGUCGGCGAGAUUAAAAACUAUACAUUGAAAAAUUUAUAAAUUGAAUUUGACCAAAUUGAAAGCCAGCGAUGCACAAUCAAACGCUUUUAAUGCAGACACCAAACAGACAGAGCGUUUGUGUCCAGCGCAACACAAAGUUAUCCAUAUUUCGCGCCGAAGGGAAUUCGAGACAGUCUUGGAUUCUGGAUUCCAUCCCGUGGAUUCCAGGUUCCAAGUCGUAUAAAGUUCACUCUGCUUGGAGACGUGCACUUUAACUGCACUUUAGGGUCUAGUGCGAACCUACCUAAUGUACGAGACGAUUUAGUACGAUGAAAUACACGUUUACUUUUUUCUUGAUUAACAGGUAGUGUAGUAUCGGCAGAACAAUGAACUUCGUCAGACUUCAGUAGAGAUGGAACUACGAGACAAAUUUAGUCCAGAAAAACUAGCGCUAGCAACAUACGCUGAACGUAAAGAAGCUACUCCAAGCUUCUGGUCGCUCAUCAGAGAUUUUUGUGAUUACACUUCUGCGCAUGGUUUUGGGAGGAUAAACGCAUCCCGGCACUGGAUCCGCACAAUAUUCUGGAUUUUGCUUUGUGUGGCUGCAGUAACCAUGACAACGGUACAACUACACAUGCUGUAUAAAAAGUACCAAUCAAGACCACUCACCACAUUGGUUGAGAUUGAAACGGCUACGGUACGCAUAGCUGCCAUUUCACCGUUCUUGAUCCUCGCUGAAUUUGGUCAAUUCUUAUUCAAAUAGGGGUGCUGUUUACUUGGUAAAUUAAAUAUUCAUAAACUUUUCGUUGGGAUAUCAGUGAAGGCUCUUGGUAAAGGGUAAAAGGCAGUAAACGUUACUGGUUCAAACUGGCAAAAAAGCUAUAAUAAUUGUAGCUUUAUCAUGCAUUUCAAAGAUAGUACGGAUCUUGAUCCAGUUUUAGCUAGUUUGGGGCUUAAAGUGGCUCCCUGGCCGUAGUUUCAUGCUAGCAGUUUUCUUCAGUUCUAAUAUCUUUCUUACAAACCAACAAUACUACUGUGCCCGCAGAUGAAAUAAAAACCAACUAUUGAAAAAAGGUCUUGUCUGUGAAAAAGGUUACAGAUCAGAAGGUGUCCGAGGUCAGCAAAAUGAUUUCUUUUUAAGGCCGAUACACUGAGACAAAUUUCCUCCGCCAAGACUUUCCUUCAGACUCUCCUCUUCAGAAUUAUAGUAAUGUUUACUUUCAUUUUGAAAGUUUCGUUGUCUUAUUUGGUUUUAAAAAACUGAUUUUAAAAAAAGCAAGUGACAAAACUCAGAUUAAACCCUUUAUGAAAUGUUUGGGAAAAAUCUGGACGAUUUUUGGGGGAAAAAGUUGCUCAAUUAACUUACAUGAAUUGACAACCAGCUCAUUCAUUAAGCCGAUAGUUAAACCUUUGUUAAUUAAGAAAAGUUGUUUCAAGCCUCAUUUACAUGUGUUAUGAUAAAAGAAAAUUUUUUUUUUUUCUUUUUAACUUGACUGCAGAAUCUUCCAUUUCCAACCGUUACAUUCUGCAACUUCAAUGCCUUUAGGAAAGAGUCGCUUCAUCUUGCCAUGGAUCAAUACAGUGAAAUGGAAACAUUUUUCAAGCAAUUGUUGGAAUAUGGUAUGUAUAGAUAAAAGUCAAUAAAAUGAGAUUUCUUUAUCCGUCACAAUAUUAAAGGAAACGACUUAUCCUUUCAUAUUCUGUCCUGACAUUAACAUUUAUGCUGUUCAGUCAUUUUAAAAAAUUUAUACAGGUAACCGCCGCGCAUAGUGACUGCACUGAGAUCGGACGAAGGGUUCAUUUUUUCCAAUUUCGAGCCAGUUGGGGUCGAUAGGAAGAACGUUUCGGUCCAAAUACACGUCUAAGGCCCUGUCCGGCCACACGUAUCCGGUUAUUUUUAAAUUUUUAAGUUGUACGCAACGUAACAUUUGAAGAAUGAUCAGCUGCGCAUUAAACUACAAGAAACAGACAAAAGAAGUAAUAAUUUAUCACCGAUAUACAGUUCUCAAAAGAUGUCUUAAGAUGCGCCUUAAAACUGUUGACAGUAGUAAUCGCACGAAGUUCUUUUGAAAAGAGUUCCACUGUGAGCGUGGGCGCUGCUACCUGAUGAAAGCUCUGUCACCCAACGUAAUCUAAGGUUAUAUAAAGACGAGUUAAAUAUUAAUAAAUAGAGGAUAUUACAUGGCCGGGCGGGGAUACGAAUUUUAUCUUCGAGUGCUGAAAGUAUCUCACACGAGUGAGCCAAUAAUCAAGACGAGAUGUACAUGCAUGGACAAACAUUUCCGUCGAUUCUUGAGACAAUACUUGCGAGUGCGUUUGAUAUUGUGAAAAUGGUACUGAAGGCCGACACCGCAUAACUUGGUAAUAUGAGUUGACAUAAAGAGCUGCUCAUCGAACAUGAUGAGCUUAGGUUUCUAGCUACCAUUACAGGACAUACAUCAGUCGACCCAACCCCAAUACUCGAUGUUAACCUUUGCCAGCUGCUACCUAUUACCUAGAACAAAAAAUUUUGUUUUAUCGUCAUGUAACAUAAUCAUCGAGUUUCGAAUAUCUCUGAUGAUACAGUCAGUCAUAGAAUUGAUGACAAAAUCAUCAUCCGCAUAUUGCAUGAUUAGGGCAGUGAGGGCUAUCAAGGAAUUUCAUCUUCACGAAACUGUAAUAAUAAUAAAAAACUUAAUAUGCGCCAUUGUUUUUGUUCGAAGAGAUCCAGUUUAGUAUAACUUCACGGCGUGCUUGAUUCCUCAGCCAAAAUCAUUAGUUCUUCCGACUUCCGAGCUCGAUCCCUUUCCCGACAAAAGGAAACGCCUGACCGCAGGUUACAGACAACUGGCUUAUUUGAUACGUUUUCCCUGUGAGAGUGGGGCUAAAUUAUUCAGGCCCCCGGGAAAUGCUUUGUUGACUUUUUUCAUUCAUUUCAUUAUCUACUUGGCUCCUAGAAAAUUCCUCUGACUCAGAAGCACAAAACAAAUCAUUCAGUGACAGGAGACGAAGAUCAAAAGACCUCAGUUACCCCGUCACCACUUCUUUGCCUACUCUUGAGAGCACUACUGAGGACUGGUAUUAUUACUGGCCUAACGACGAAGAUGGUGAAGACAUCGAUGACGACGAACAUGAGGAUUUUUUUGAGGAUCCUGCUGAGCUAGACCCAAGUUUCUUAAGAAGAGAAGAGAUAGCCGUACUUAUGGCUAGAGAGGAUAAACAAGUUCUCUCUAAGCUGGGUCAUCAUUUUGAGGAUAUGGUGUUAUCAUGUACUUACAGAGGCGUUUCAUGCAGGUAAGCCUAGAAUGAUACUGCUGUAACUAAUAUAUAGCUUAAUAGCCAGAGCUAAAAGAGAUGCUCCCGUUUACGCAUUUAUAAUUUACUUCUUAACCGUUACAAAGAAAUGGACAAAUCUAUACGUUUCAUGGUCGAGAUAUAGAUUUAAAAAAACACACACAACGACACCUCGACUAGAAUUUUCUUUGUUAUCAUAUCUUGCUUAUUUCAGUAAUGAGUCAUCAAAGUUCUGGAUUAAGUAUUGGCACUACAAGUACGGCAACUGCUUCAUAUUUAACAGUGGAAAAGCAGCACCAAUCUUCAAAUCCAACAAGCCCGGACCAUCUCAUGGUAUGGUGAUAUGAGAUUUUACAUUAAAUUAUUUUGAAAUUGCUGCUGCUGAUGAUGAUGAUGAUGAUAAUGAUGAUGAUGCUGGUGAUGAUGAUGAUGAUGAUGAUAAUGAUGAUGAUGUUGGUGAUAAUGUGCGUUUCUUUGUUGGAAAUGCGGAUAAUGAAAUCGAAGUGUCGAAACGUAGAUUCCUAUUUGAAAACGUUUUGGAAAAUUUGGAUACCGUUCCAUAACUACAGACCUUCUAACCAAAACUCAAGUUUUUGUCAACCGAAAGGAAACUACUGAAAGGGCAUCAUUUACUACAAGGAAGUUAAUCUUGAUUUCUAAUCGUUGGAUCUUUAACCCUCUUGGGAUCAUAAGUCUAGUACUUGAUUUGAAAAUAAAACUUUAAAGUUAUGAUCAUAUCGAUGCCUCCUCUUGCAGUUCAGACUAACGUGAACUGACUCGCUAAAUUAAAUUACAGUGGAACCUCUCCUUUAAAACACCUGUAUUCAAGGACACCUUCAUUCAGGGGACAAAACAUUUGGUCCUGGAAAAACGCCCACAUAAUCUUUGUACCUAUUACCUCUAUUGAAGGGACACCUCUAUUCAGGGGACAACUUAGGUCAACUUAGCACUCAACAAAAAGGGUUGAUAUCUUUAAGUGUACACUAAUCACAAUUAUGGAAGCUUUCACAAACUGAAUUAUCUCACUCAAACCAAUGUACUGCACUCGUUUGAAUUCAACAAAUAAGUUAAAGAGGACUUCUUUAUGUUGUCUUUGUUGCUUUAUUAUUAACAAACCGCAGCCCAACCUCAUGCAGGAGACACCUCUAUUCAAGGGACACUAGCCUCGGUCCCGAGGGUGUCCUUUGAAUAGAGGUCCCUGUAUAUAGCAAGUCAUUUUAAAUUUAUUAUAGCCAUUUCCAUUUCAUAUACAGGACUUACCUUAGAGCUUAAUGUUGAGCAAGAGGAAUACAUUGGUCUUAUGACACCAGAAGCUGGUAUCAGAAUGGACAUUUCUACUCAGGGGGAAAUGCCAUUUCCACUGGAGCGGGGAAUCAGUCUCUCACCAGGAUACGCGACAAUGAUCGGACUGAGGAAGGUAAGAAACUGGACGUUUUGCCCAUCUUAAUUGCGACCAACGUGGCCAGAUUAUUGGCUCAAAGUCUUGUUGGGAACUGAGAAAUGCUAACUUGCUGAUAACAUGAUAACACAGCAGGCUAAUCCAAAGUCACCUUUGUCUUUUACUCCAGGCAAUUACUUCGGCAGUCCCCUGGUAAUGCCUCUCCUCAUGAUUAAAAAGAUAACUUAUAUCUAUUGAAAAGCACUAACAGUCAAUAAUUGAUUAAUUACUUGUAAUAUCAAACACAGACUACAAUGUUUGGGCAAAACAGUUUAUUGACUAGCAGAACGAGACGCUGGCGAAAGGUCAAUGAACAAAACCGCCAAGGGUGGCGUGGGCGCUUAAACGAUGUCUUGCGUAAAGCUAACGUGGAGCGAUCUGAAAGCCGAUACACUAAACCCGCGGAAGGCUGGCCCGAAAAGGGCGUGUUCUGUAUAGCAAUUAGCAAUCAUCACCCGUGGUGAUCAUUGUACAAUUACUUGUAAUAUCAAACACAGACUACAAUGUUUGGGUGAAACAGUUUAUUGACUAGCAGAACGAGACGAUGGCGAGAGGACAAUGAACAAAACCGCCAAGGCCCAAACAUGGUAGUAUGUGGUUGAGAGUGAUUUUUAUAAUUAGAGAAAUUAAUUAACAGUAACUUGAAGAAAUGGAAGAUUAAACUAAACAGCAAUAUGUGAAAUAGCGGCAGCCAUGCGAGUAGCAGUCGCCCUCUUUUGUCGAUUGGUCAUUUCGAGAUAAAUUAAAUAACAGUCACUACGCCAGUCACGCUGUGCCUUAAUUAACUCAGAUGGUACUUUAGCGUAUAGGUAAUAUGACACAAUGAACUAUCGGACCUAACCGAGAAUAAUGGCAUGUCCUGGGGUACCUGGUUAAUCCGAAGGUAGUUAACCAAAGCGGCUACAGGGCACAACAAACUACCCGGAAUGCGCGGCAAGGGUAAAGAAAAAAGGCGUUCCUGAAAAUGAAUAGUUUUAGACGCGCGAACUGUGAGAUAAGCGAACGAUGCAUCAAAGUAAAGAUCUGACCGCAAAAGGACCUUAGGCGAGACUUGCGCCGUGCGAUCAACAACUAAAUUCGACUUGCGUAAAAAGGAGUAAAAAGCUACUAGAAAAAGCGCCCACAUAGCGACAUGCAAAGGCUGAUCAAAAUCGAAAAGGUGUACAAUGCGUAAUAACAAUCGUGGAGUGAUUGGAGCCUUGCGCUGAACUGCUGUUCCUAAAUAACGCUUAACUCCGCGUAACAACAAUUUAUAACGAUAAUCACUAUCCCAAGUCAAAUCAUGACCGAGAAACUUAUGCAUAUGCUUAAUGCUACUUAAAUGAUUCAGGAUAGUACCAUAAACGCGGCCGAGUGACACCAAAUAAGCUAGGUACAGUCACUGGAAACGGAGCGGACGAAACCGCCUCACAAAAUGUCAAGUUCAAGUUCCUCUGGGUUGAAUCUGCGUAUGCUCUUUCGAUCAAGUCGCGUCCGAGAGAAUCCAAUGCUCGAAUAUCUGGUGAUGGUUGAACUGGCCUGCGACGAUCUGCAACAAAGGCACAAAGCACCCAUUAAGAAAGGUCAAAGGUUAAAUUCUCGCUGUCAAUGGCUAACAUGUGAAAACAAAGGUUACGCUGAGAAGCGAGUUCAUGGAACUUUCUUUGAAAAGUAGAAUCGGCAUCCCAGCCACUAAGGCAAUCGGCAAAGACAUUGUGGACCCCCGGAAUAUGAGAGACACGUAAGUCUAAAUCAUAACGGGCUGAUGUGAGCCAAAGUUGUCUUAAGCAACGCUGCAUGAAGGCAUCACGUGUACGACCUGAGCGCACCACCUGGACGGCCGCAUCAUUGUCACACGAAAUCUGGAAUCUAGAACCUGCCAACUUGGGGGCCCAAAUCUUAACAGCCAUGACAAGUACAAACAGUUCUAACGCAUUGAUGUGCAAGGCCAAUUCUUCAAUGUCCCUGGGAAAAGCGAACGAGGUACAUUCGUCGAAACACGUAGCACCGCCUCGAUAAAAAGAAGAAUCACAGGUAAAUAGCACGUCAUGAAAGUCACGCGGGGGUAACGCAAUUAUGGCGGAGCCAUUGAAGUGUGGUAAAAAGGUCAACCAAAAAACAUGAAUUACCGCCCGAGUAGUUCGCUGACACACUAACGCUGAUUAACGCACACCGAAUGGGCAUCUAGUAUCGAAAUACAAAAGAGCAUCCCACAUAAAACCGAGAUAUUUAUAAUCUUUGGGGUCAAUUGGGAAUUGCCGGUACGCACGUUUUAGAUCUUUCUUGUAAACGUAACAACCUGAGCCUUUGCUGAUAAUGAACUCACGCAGUCUGUCUAUGCCUGGAAGACGAAGUUGAAAUGCAUUGUCCAAAUAAUGAGUUUUCGGAAUACCGCUGUUGACAGAGGCUGCAUGCGGGAAACUAAGAUCCAUCACAACCCGGCGCUUAGAAGAACCACGUUUGUAGACUGUCUGUAAAGGGGACGUGAUAAGGUCGUCCGAUAAAGGAUUCUCUUUAAAGGGCCCAGCAAGAGCUCCGAAGCUCAAUUCAGUUGAUAAAUAAUGUUGGACAUCCUCGGGAUAGGCAAGAGCUGACUGAUGAUUGGUGUGAGUAGGCUGAGGCAAAGCACUGGACGUAUAAUUUAUAGGCCAACCGAAUUGCAAGAAAUCAACAACGACGUGGUCGACAUAAUCUGACAAAUAAUGUCUCCAAACAAAAAUGUUCAGUUGCGAAGAAACGGGUAUUUUGGCUCCGCAGGCAUUCGGUUGCGGACACUUCGAGGCGAGAACAUCAGCGACAACCGCGCGCGAUGAAUUGGCUGAGAAAAAUUCAUGUUGCGAUAACAUAUGGUGUUCCGUUUUCGUGUCCGUGUCCGAGUCCGUGUCAUAAUCCGUAUAUACUGUUAAGCCAAUAGUCUGACUGUCCAGUCAUUGCUGGUUGGGAAUUCGCAUUUUCUGCUUGGGACAGUGUAGCAUAGGGAGCUCGCUUGACUUGCAAACUCGGCACAAAUGAUGUGAGGCGUAGUUACUAGCAGUGGAAUCACAGCAACAAGAACCCUUGUAAUUCCACGCUUGGCAACCUUCAGCUGUGAGUUCUUGUGAAGAAGAUCCAGAAGAAGGCGAAGAAGAAGCAGAUGAAUUCAGAUUCCUGGAAUGGGUCGAGCGUAAAUCCGAAUGCUUGAAAAAGGUGGACGCCAUGUCCCGAAUUUCAGUAACGCGAUCCCAAUCCAAUCUACGCAGUUCGACUUGCCUUGCCAAAUAGGAAUAGAAACCUCGAACGCUCGCCCAUGUGUAACUAAUGGCUUUGGCCAUAAGAACUUCUAGUAUGGCGAGCAUGUGCGCGGUCGAUGCCGUAUCAUAGGUUCGAAUCAUCGCCAAAUAACCUGCAACAAAAGAUGGUAAAUUUAAGGAAUUGAGCUCAGGAUUUAUUGACGUACCUGGAACAAAGUCCUGCGGCCAGUCGACGAUUGUUUUCUUUGUGUCAGACUUUCCAGUCGCACAUGGCGCUGCCGAUGUAGUUGGAGGCGUUGCUGGUCCGAGAACUUGGCGUAAACGGAGCACUUCCAGUUCUAACGCCAACUUUUCUUUUUCCUGCUUCACCAGCUCUAAUUCUUUAUCCAAAAGUUGUUGUUUUCUUUCUGAAGGCGAAGGAUGCCCGAAGACAGGCCCAAGGGCUGGUUCGUCGUCGCGGAAUUGAGAGUAAUGCUCGAAUAGCUGAGUUUGCGGCGACGGUGGAAAACCGUAAUCUUCCAGUUGGGGUUUGGACCUGGAUUUCUGCUUGGAUUUUUGCGACAUGACUGAGAGUGGAAACAACUGAACGCUAGAGAUUGACUAUAAAAAUCGAGAGGGCGUUCGUUCCCUGAAUGAGAUCAAGGAAAUAAACGAUGUCUUGCUCAAAGCUAAGUGGAGCGAUCUGGCCCAAAAAGGGCGUGUUCUCUAUAGCAAUUAGCAAUCAUCACCCGUGGUGAUCCUUGUACCACCAUAAUCUAGGGCCUCAUUAGUCAAUAGUUUGAUUUGCUCAAUGAUGACUUGCUUUAUCAGCAUUUUUUCGCACCAUAUAAAGGAAUGAUCCAGAAUCCGCAAUCCGUGAAAUCGUUUGCUUGUGGAAUCCGGAAACCUGAGUUUCUGAAUCGGAAAUACUGCUCAAGGUAUCCGGAAUCUCACUAACGAGUAACGAUUGGAAUCCGGAAUCCAAGAUCCACGGUCCACUGACAAAGAUGACGGUAUGUAGUCCAGUAUCUGUCUUGGAUUCACUUACAUAAGGCGAAAUGUUUGACAGAGUCUCAGUAAUUUCGUUCCUUUUAGGUCCCGAUAAAAGAGAAUAAUCUUGUUUCUUGGUCCCGACCAUUUUUACUUGACGUUAAGAUUAUUUAAUUGGACAACACGAUAACGCCCGCGUAAUACAAUGGUAAAGAGUUGUGGGGGGUGGGUAUAGACAUGCCCUUCUUUUUUUAUUUAUUUUAGGAGAAAAUCAUCCGAGAGGAUCCGUUCGAGAGGAGGCGAUGUUUGAAAGACGUUUACAGAGAUGACUCUAACUUAUACACAAAACACUUUGGGGCAGUGUACUCCGCAACGGUACGAUAAACCCCCAAUAUCACUUCUGACUGCAUUUUUUGUGACUGUUUAUUUGUAAAACUGAUCUUUAAUUGCAGUAGUCGUGAUGUUAUUGAUUAAUAGCCAUAGUUAAUAUGAAUAAAUAUAAAAUGAAUAAAUGACUAACUCAGUCAUGUUAGCCGUAAUAAAAUAAAACAGGACGUUUGCAAACUCGAAGGGCGCUCCCUCCUUCCUCCCUAGCCCUUUGCAGGCUUAACCACGCCAAACUAUCCCCUUUCCUCCACCCGUCAUAGCUAGGCUACUAAAACAUCGGGCUGGUCGGUAGCCUGUGUCGCUUACAGUUUUGUUUGUUGUGCGGGCAAAUGAGCGGCGUAGCCGCUAGGAGAACAAAAGGACAAGGAACCGUGUUUUUUUUCUCCUUCUUCUCCUUCCCUCCCUCUUUCGCACGGGCUUUGCGCUCAUUUUCACAGAUUUUUGUUCAUUCUCGCCAAACAAUGCACCAGGUUGCCAGGUACGCAUGCUAGCCAGUCCACGGUCAGUUUCGAACAUGUUCCUCCCAAGUAACGAAACUUAUAUUUGGAGAUAGCUUAUUAACUGAAGGCUUCACUCAAAUCUAGUAUCAAGUUACUGGCGGCAUAUUUAGUUAAUCUUCUGAUUUCUCUUUUAAACAAGGUGUAAAUAUAUGAUUAUUUGUCAGGCUUGCAAAGAAUCUUGCCUAGCAUACAAUCAGCGCCAACAAUGCGGAUGUAUGGAGUAUCGCUUUCCUGGAAAUGACAAAGGCAUCUGCAAUGUAUCAGAUUUACAGACUAGUAAGCAGACUUAACCAACAAAUUUUUUUCUUAAUAUAUAAAUUCAUUUAGCUGCCAUUUAACAGUAAGGCCUCGUUUAUAUACAUUUUCUUACAGAACGCUGCGAACUGUUUACAGGAGAAACAAAAAGUUGACACGACUAGGGGGGUGAUCCGCUUAGCCGGCUCACCCUUUUUUUGAAUCGGGUAGGGUCACUCUCUUAGCCCAGCCACUUUGUCUCAUCCAGCAGGGUCAACUGAUGAUUCGCCCAAUAUAGGGAAUCCGGAUUCUGGAAUCCAGGAAAGUUUUGCCUGUGGAAUCUGGAGUCCGCAAUUUUUUUUGCUGAAUCCGGAAUCCUGGGCUUUGGAGUCUGGAAUCUACUAACGAUUGCAAUCCGGAAUCCAAGUUCUACUUGAAAUAAUUCGAAGUCCAGAACUUGGAAUCUAGAAUCCACGGUCUGGAAUCCAGAAUUUAAGACUGUGUUGGAUUCCAUGGGGCGAGCUAAUUGCUCAGGCAAACUAAAGAGGACACUUGAACUGAGGGUCUUUAGUUUGUCUCAUAUAAACGUUCGCUAAAUUUGAGCUUGAGCUUGGGAAAGGUUUUCUCCACAUAAACGGGUUCUAAUUUUAGUGUCUUUUUUUUAUUAACAGCGAGGUGCCUUAGCGCUGUCCAGACGAAGUUCAAAGAAAACAAAUUAAAUUGUACCAGGUCAUGUCCACCACCAUGUAGGUUAGUGAAAGAAUCGUCUUUUUUUCAACUGUGAAAUAAGUUAAACGCAGUGGCAAACCUUUUUCAGUUAUUUUCAAAUAAACGAUAAUUCAACUUUUGAAGGUCCUGUCUACUGACAGCAAUACUUGUUCUAAACAUUGAGCUGAAUGCCAUUUUGUCCACACACGGCCUAAGUCUUUUUUGAAUUUGAGGCAAACAAGGACGUGGGGUUUAAUUACUUUUAUAAAUAGAGAUUAUACCGUAUUAAAAUAUUUAUAAGCUAUAUUGUACUUAAUCAGAAGCUAGCAUUUGCCACGAUUUUUCUUUUUUUUAGUGAGGAGGGGUUCAAGAGAAGCUCUUCGUUUGCUAUUUGGCCAUCAAAGGAACACGAGGUAAAUGAACUAGCUACCUCAUUAAUUAGCUCUGGUACAAAUAAAUCUAGGAUACCAACAUUAUGAUGCAUACAUUUGUGUCUUUACCUCUGUACUUCUGUUUAACGUUUCACAGCUACUCUAUGUUGACAAAUAUUCACGCACCGAAGAGGGAAAUCUCAGGUAAGGUUUUGUGUUACAAACAGGUUCCCAUGCAAUUUCUUGUAUUGUGUUUGUUUGACAAAAACCGUAAACAACAACAACGACAAAAAUUAUAUGAGUGACUAUAGCAGCAACAACUACAACAACGCUCAGAACACCAGGGAAAUACAACAAGCCCAAUAAUAGUAGUGUCAAGAAUUGUAGUCUAAAAAUACAUGCGCCUCUCAUCUAUCUCCGACGUUAUGCGAGGCGGCUGUUCUCGCAGGCUUCGACAAAGUAUAACUGCAAUAUUUUACGUGCAACAAACAACUCCAACAAACAUGUAAUGCAAAAAAAAACUUCAACAAUAAAAACAACUCAACAUGCCCUGUAAAUGCUAAUCAGCUGUUUUUAAUUCUACAGAGGGAAUAUUUGCAAAGUGCAAGUGUUCUACGAAGAGUUGAACUUAGAGGUGAUAAAGGAGCAGAGAUCUUACGAGGUACCAAUUAGUUAACUUUGCAGAUCAUCCAUAUAGUUAUUAGAAGUCUUUGACUUUGAGAGGAACGCGAAAGGGACAAGGAGAGGAGUCUCUUUCCUUCUCUCUCCGAUUCCUUCUUCCAUUUUCCAUCUUUCCCCUUGGCUUUCGGCCCCUGCUAUGCAGGCUACAGUGACGGCAAAGAACAAGUGGGAAAAAAUGCAAGCGCCGUUAAAAAACCUCUUCGUAAGGUUUUGAUCAACGUGGUUUCCAAGAGGUCUUUCUCUGGCUGCAGCAACCAUACUUGGGAACAGUUUUGUGAGGAAAAAUUCAAGAGAACCUACAAAAAAUGGGCCAUUUCUGCAUUCUUCAAAACAAAGAAACUGAGUUGAUACGUUGGUGACACAGCACGGUCCUGUGUAUGAAAUAAACCCAAGCCCGGCCCGUCUCGUUUCAUUUUCUUGCCUUUCACUGGAGCGGAAUACCAAAGAGGUCUGCUCAGAUUGUUUCAGCUAUAGUGGAAUGGAACCGUUUUCACCAACAAAGUCGCACCGUUAGUAAAGAGCUGAUUUUAUGAUUUUAUUUUACUAUUUAACUAAACUUCACCAAUACAAAAACGAAAAGUUAAGGGGUUAAUAGAAUAAAAGGCCGGACACAACGGCAACUUGCAGCAAAUUUCCGUAGCGGCGCUGCAGGCCUUUUAUGUCAUUCCACACACUAGAUAAUUCAGUUAGCUUUUUUUAUUCAGUUCACCACUGAACCAAAAUUUCAAAACAGAAAUAAACAGAAAACAACCUCAAGUUCCCGUUUCCAUAAUUCGUUUUGUUGAUUUCUCAGAGAGUGGAUUUCGUGUCCGACAUUGGUGGUCAGCUGGGGCUUUGGAUUGGCUUUUCUGUGCUUACUGUGGCUGAGUUCCUGGAACUGGUAGCGUUGCUAUUUCACAUUGUUAUCGAUAAAUUUGAUAAAAGAUCGCGCCAAUACACAGAACAAGAGCAUGAAGAGCGUGUCUAAAGUAGCAGCUAUGAAAUGAUUCACUCAUACAGUAUAUAUCUGUUCACUGUUACAGUAGCAAAUCAGUUUUCCUUUAACUUGUGCUGCUGUUUCUUUCCCAAAAUUGACAGGAGUUCCUUUCAAUAUUUAUUACAUAGGACGUGUUUACUGAAGAACAUAUACAUGAAGACUGCUCGGUUAACCAUAUAUACACACUGACUGGUCAACUUGACUGAUAGGAACUUCUGGCACCUGAAUUUGCUUUAAGAGUUGAUGUUAAAACUAUACUUUCUGUCAAUUUCAAUGUCGUACAGUGUCAUGCACUUCGAGACCCGCCCGGAAAACUGUAGCAAGCCACCUUAAUAGUUUAGUUCCUUGCAAUGGAAUAGGCCACUUCCGAGUUCCAAAAACCCUCACUUUCAAAAUGAGGCCAUGUGCGCAACCUUUCUUGUAAAAAUGAGUUUUAUGAGAAUGAAAAAUCAUUUCCAUAUCAAACGCUGAGCACUUACCCUCGUUUUGAUACAGAGGCCCGGGCGAACUCGGAAAUGGCUUAUUGAUAUUUGUCAGUCUUUUCUUUUCCCACUUUAGUCAGUGUUUAGUGAUAUUCACUUAAGCAUACUAGAUUAACGUGAUGUUUAACCAUUAAAAAUCUGAAUAAAAAAUAACAUCAAAAACAAUGUUUAUUUUGGGUGGCUUUUAAUAUAUAUAUGUACCGUAGAUCGGUGCACAAUAAAUGAUUUUCCUGCCGGCACAAAAUCUAUCUAGUAUAGUGUGAACAUGGCCUUAAGAACGUGAUUAUGGUUUGAGGUUGAGGGUCAAUAAUGUUUGGGACGUACAGGGCGUUGUCACGUAAGCUGCCACUCUGACGUCAUUCUUUAGCUACGAUGGCAUGACCGUUCCAAAGACAACAACGAAAGCAGUCUGAUAGUCCACCGCUCAAAAGGCAAAAAACAUCAACUUCAACUUUAUUUUUACACAGGAAAAUAAUAUUAACAUUCGUGGACAUAAUUACUUGCAUCUACUAUAAGGACACGUAAAAGAAAAGACAAUCUAAGUAGUUGGCCACUGUCAUGUAAGCUAUUAGAGUCCGCCAAAUAUGGGAGGCUAAAUAGACAAUCAACGAAAAGUUACAUACUAAGUUUACAAAAGAUAGAUAUUUGUAUAUUAAUUGAGUCUUAUGGAUAGCUAGUGCUCGCUUGGUAGUGAUUAGACAAGGAAAAAGGGACGUUGCGUGCUCACAGUUUUGGACUGAUUUAUUCUAAGCCAUAACUGAAUCAAGUCACGGGCCGUGAUAAUCCUUCCUAAUGCCUGUUGCCAAGGAGAGAAAAGCUGUUUACUAGUGGAUCAUUAUAUAAUGUUAACACCUCACAAAUAAACGCGAAUAAACCGUACAUGACUGCUGUUUGUCCUAUUUCCCUUACGUUUUAUUUUUAUAAUUUACAUACAGAGAUUUAUUCACUGACAACAAUUGACCCUGCCAUGCAUAGGUGAUUUCAGUUGAACCUUUUGGCGUCAUGCGUAAAUCGCCCCAUCAAACGUUGUGUGGCUGAUGCUCACGAACAAAACGUGCCCUCAUUGUCCACCAGUCGCUAGAAAGACCACUAAGGGUGGUUCUUUAUUGAAGAUUCUGUUUGAGCAAGUGAAAUCGUUGUUGUUUAUUUAUUUUAACGUGAAUUAUAAGAAGCUACUAGCCAGCAAGGACUUGACUUCAUAAGGUAAGGACUUAGUAUUAUUACACGCCGUAAACUUAGGACUUUUAUUACAGCACCUGUUAGCCGAAGCAGCGAAUUCACCACCUGUCGAAAAUUUCACAUGUUUUCAUUCAUUUACAACAUGAAGCAUAUGUGAGGUGAUAUGAAUGUGCAUUAAUGUGAAAUAUAAUGAGCAUGAGUAAGGAUUUAACGAUUGCUUUAGUCGAGGUGUAGUUGAUGCCCGUAAGUAGGAAUCACAUGUGGGCCUAUUACUGAUACGUUAUUAUUCAUCCAACUCAAAGACGAAUACAGUCUCAUUAAUGUGCUUUAUCAUCUCGCGCUAAGAGGACUCUAAGAAAUCAAAUUUGAUUCAACUAUGUACUGGCAGGAUUCUUAACGCCCCGAUGACCCUCUGCUUUAAUAAUCGUCAUUCUGACCAUUCAGUAUUGUCAUUUUUAUUUCGUAAAUAGCGGCCACAACACCAAUCAAAGUAAUCUAACAUUAGACUUUCAAAGGUCUUGUCCACCAGGCCCCGGUUGUUCAGUCAAACGUUGGAUAGUGCUUCCACCGGAUAACUCACUAUCCAGCGGAGAGUAUUAGGGAAACCAAUUGCGCUAUCCACCGUUUGAAUAAAAGAAAUUUUAAAGAAAGUGAAAAAAUCCACGGCAUAUCCAACCAUAAACGUUUGAACAAUCCAGAGGCCAGGGUUUAAAAAGUAAAACUUUAUUUAAAAAACUAUAUUCUCUAAGUGUGAAAUUAAAACGCACGUAACGUUAAAGCUUUGUGUUUAAUCAGCCUCCCUUACCAAAAAACUGUUUUGAAAAAAUCCAGGGUUUUAAAUAGGGUAAAAAGUGUAUUUUUAAUGUAUUUUUCGACUUUUAAGGUGUUUUAACCCUGUAUUUUAAAUGCUUUUAUAUAUAAAAAAUUCCAGGGAGGAGCAGGUCAAAAACAGUUUUUAAAUACCUUAUAAAUCGGAAUAAAAACAGGAUAAAAACAGUUUCAAAAAACAUAUUUUAAUUUACUAUACUAUUUUAAAACUAUUUUUAAUGGCAAUUUUAAACGUAUUUUGAAAAAAACAGGUUUAAAAUAGGUACAAAAAAAAUUUUUGAUAUAUUUUUUGUUUUAAUUUUAAAAAACUAUAUUCUCAAAAUAUAUUUUAAAGCUGUUUAAUCGGUUUCGAAAUUUAGUAAAAUACUCGUAUUUGAAAUUAAAAAACGAAAACACGUAACGUCAAAGCACACAUAUUUAUGUUUAAUCAAAAUAGGAUGUUGCAAAAACAGUAUAAAAAUAUGAAACUUUAGAGUUUUAGAUAAAAAAGGAUGAAUAAUUGAAAAACAGGAUGGAAAUACCAUUUAAAUUCAUGAAAUAAAAAAACAAAACCGUCGAAAAUUACCCUGAAAAAGCAAGAUUUACCUCGGCGAAAUUUUUAUGCAGGACUUCAAUCUCAGCCAACGAUUUUACCGAAACAGAAUAAAUUUACGCGAGAAUGAAAGAGGCCGGUGACGUGACAUCAAGUGACUGAGAUCAUUUAUACAAAACAGCGAGUCUCUGCAAGGAAUCCUGUAAAAAGUAAAAUUGCCGUACGGGCGCGACUAUAUAAAUGUUUACUACCCUUCAUUUGUUUCUCAUAUGGCGUAUAUCUAAGCGUCUUAGUAACAUUGUAUAUUUAAUACUUACAAUUAGACUGUUGGACUCUUCUCCUGAACCAGAACCUUUCAAAGUACAUAACAGUCGCUGAGGAGUCAUAACCAUUUUUUGAUUCGUGAUAAAAGCAACAUCUAUGUGUUCCGACAAUCCGCAGAGUUGGAGUGUACUUUUGUAAGAUCGUAACAAACAGUAAAAUCAAGCGCAUUUAAGCUCACAGCAACCGCCCGGGAGCAACCGCCGGUUCAAUAAUUUGAAAUGAGCAAAGGACAAAGGACGGUUUGCUUAUCACGUGCAUUUGUCACAUCACCGCGGCGCGAAGUCGUGAUUUCAGUCGCGCGUGACAUCUCAAAAAUAAUAUGCCAUGCAUGUGCGGAAUAGUCUAUGAGAGAAAGAUAACCAUAUGUCGGAGUUUAUUCAGAUCUGAGCGUUGUUUCUUAGUGCAAUAUAUACGAGGUGAGAUCUUAGCUUGGAUAGUUUGUUUUAAUUAUUAUGAAAUUUCAAGGACUUAUUUUAGACAAAUCUCAAUUGACCGCGUGCAUCCGGUUCUCGGCCCGCGGCUUCGGCUGUUUGCGAAAAAUUUCUACAUGAAAAUUAAAAUGUGAUUUUAAGAAUUUUCUUUUAAAAAACUUAUGGAAUGUCCCGUAGCUGCAUUAAUUGAAUCACGGCUAAAAUCUAGGCGGAAAUUUUCGCAGAGAGCUUGCAGGUAAUGAACAUUGAGGAACGGAUUGAUCCUUUAUCGGCACACUGUCACAGUUACGUGUUGUCAGUCAAAGCUAAAAUCUAUUCCUAAUUUUCUUCUCUUUUUUCAAUUUCUUUUUGAUUUGCUGGGAGAUUUAAUUUUUGGCUCCGCCUUGAGCUUUAUUGAGAGAGCUUCCAAUACUAUGCUUCGACCAUGAAGUAUAUAGCCGAAUAUCAUUGGUACUGUUGGUAUGGUAAUUUUGCAUGUGUUUUUCAAAGAAUACUAAAAGUGGUCUCUUACUUCAAGCCAAAAACCUGCCAGGCUUUAAUUCGUGUCGUCUGAUAUGCGCUUACUGUUGUUGAUUAAUUAUCAUCUCCUCCAACAGCUGCAUCACCCCAGCUUGAAUUUUGAAUGAAUUCGCUUGUCCAUUUUAUUAGAAUACCAAAAUAUUCAAAAUUUACAAUCUUGCAUUUUAUUAUUUACAAACCUGAUCUAUUCGCCAUUUUAACUUGUUAUGAUGGCACCUCAGGCAAUACUGUGACAAUGUACAAUGCUGAGCAAUAUGGAGAUAAAAAUCCGAUAUGCUAUUAAUGAUUGUUGGAUUGUUCGGCUUAUUUUUAAAUCCAAAAACACUGUACAUAACAGAGAUUUAUAAUGCAACCGAAAAAUAUGGGAAAUUAUUUUCACUUGAGGACAAAACGUUACUUUCAUAAUUAACAACUGAAUUGAAUGAGGCCAAGUAUGGUGUAUUUUUAAAGAAUUGUACAGUUUGAGGCCGGUGUUAUCUUGGAAAACGGGCCUCCGUGACCUGAACAGAUGUUUUUUUUCUUUUCAGAUACUGCUCAAAACCUAAAUGUCAUCUAUAGAGCAAAAUUUGUUGCGUAUUCUUGCAUAUUUUCCGUUGAAUUUUAGUUUGUCGGCUUGUUGGUCUUCGGAUAGUCGUGAACUCUUUCGCCAUCUUCUUUUGUUCACUUAUGCCAAAACAGCGCGCUAGACUACACCUCGGCCGGCUGCCUGGCAACCGAGAGGUUGUGAUUGGAUUGUACAUUGGGGCAAUGGUAUAUUGCUCGCAUCCUCCAAAUAUGGUCUGCGCCAGCAGCUGGUAAUGAAGAAUUAACCGGUAAAACCAAUCAGAAACGGCGAAAUAUUUUAGUAAUAAUAAAUUUUGUUAAUUGUAUUUCCUCCCCGUUUUGUUUAAAUGAUUAAACGGAGCAAUUAGAAUGACUCCGUUUUCUUGAUAUACAUCUGCCCUCAGCUGUAAAAUGUCACGGCUUUCUUGGAAUUGUGUCAUUCUUCGUUGAUUUAUAUUUUAUUUUGGUUGGAAGGAAACGCAAUGAACUUUCAGGGCUCGUUACGUGAUGGGAGCCACAUUUGCAUUUAACGUUAUUAUUGACAGACUUCCGUCACUCAUGAAGAAAACCCCUUAGGACCAAGUAACACCCGCCUGUCAGUUCAACCUCCAAUAAAGCCCUGGGGACAAGGCUGCCACGAGUUAAGCCCAAGCCUAUUUUAUGUGUGACACAGAGUAGUUUCUGUGCAAUGCCCGCAAUCCAUAUUUCAUAUACAACACCAGAAACCCUAGGGGCUAAACAUCCUAGAGAAAUGAUGCAAAAAAAAAGCGCAAGUGAGUAAGCCAAGUCUUUGGAAAAACAAAAGCUUGACUCCUAGUACGCGUGCGCGGCCGCACUGGCCCACAGGGAUCCCAUGCUGCGUGCACCAUACUCCGCACUCUCACUAAUGAAUGUUGAUAGUUGAUUUGAGCCGAUUUUCCAGGGAGAGCACGUAAUCCCAUCACUGGGUGAAAAAAAAUAUUGACCUUAAUGAGGUCUCUUUUCAGAUUUAGCAAUUUUUUUUUUUCAUGGAGAAUUUAUUGUCUUUUGUGGUACAUGUCCUGGAUAAACAUAUGCUAAAGUUCAAAGCUGUCAAUGCUGUGGAGUCUAAGGGAAUAGUCUACGACUAACUCCUUAAUAAUCAAAAUUAAUUUUCUAACCCUAACUGAUAUCAAGGUUACUGUCUAUAAUUAUUAUAUUAAUGCCUUCUAAAAAUAUUCACCUUAAACCUCCCACUUAUUUUAUCGCUUUUUUUAACCCUAGGCUCUCCGUGCAGAUUAAAGAAUUCUAGACGCAAAAGUUGGAUUGAAUAGUUCAAUUCCCUUUAAUCCAUGUUAAUUGCUCCAUCCUAAAUCACCCUAAAUUUUGCUAUAAUUGAAACCUCUUUUUCUGAGGUAUCCUUUAAUUCCAAGAAAGUUUGUUUUUGCUGGUUGCAACAAAAUAUCGCAACGGGGCUGGAGAAUACGCCACACUUUUUGUUAUCUAUCAUUAAUUAAGUAUUGAUUUUUCUAAAGGAUGUUGUAGACCGCAUAUCAACCAUGUUUCUUUUUAAUUUUAACUCAUGAUAUUGCGUCUCUUCCCUUGUUCUAUCAAAACAAGUUCAGUAUGAAUUAGCCAACCCAGUUUUCCUUAGUUCUCUGACUUACAACUACAUAACUCCUUUAAUGUUUCUAUAAAUCAUGUCAUUCCAAUCAGCCCCAUUAUGGAUAUUUCAGGUAAAGUAGUUAAGCUUUCAGGUAUCGAUGAUUGAGCACGAAGAACUUGUCGUAACCAUUCAUGCAAUCAAAGCUUUGAAGCUUGCUAGGCUUUAAUAACACAGCCAGGCUUUUAUAAUUUUUUGUUUCUAAACCUUGACAGCUGAACGACAAUUGAAAUGUUAGUGGAAAAUGUACUUUCUUGCGCCCUUGUGUUAAUAGCUGAGAGGGUUCAAUAAGAGUCUUUUACGCGUAACCAUGAUGUAACAAAAAUUUAGAAUGUUCAUAUUUAUACCCUUUUCACUCGCGGGAUAACAAUACAAUUUAAGCACUUUUGAUCAGUUUAAUUAACCUGUGAGAACUUUUUAAUUAUAUAUCAUUACUAUCAUUUUUUUAAUUCUUAAUACAUUUGUUUAAGUCCACUUAGUGCCCACUUUGCCGCAUUCUUUUAUUGAAGAACUUUCAAUUUUCAACCGACAUUAAAUGCAGCGCGCUUAAAAACUUUGUACUGUUAAUUGACAAAAUUCGAUCUAAAAAUAAUGCUCGUGAUAUUUUGGGUUUUCUUUGCAAGCGGGCUAAUACUUAAAGGAAACUUCUUGAAAGAUUACGCGAUUAUUCUUGGCAACUUGGCUUACUAUAACGAGUACAAGAGGCCUUGUUUCUUUACUUUAUCGGGUACAUCAUUUCAUCUCAAACCAGAAUUCGCGAAAGAUUUUAUAAUUUAAAAUCCUCUUUUUUGUCAGUUUGCUUUCACAGACUACAUUAUUAACAGGCAAUGCUGAAAGGAGACAGAAGUGACAGCGAUAUAGAACUUGCGAUGGAAAGUAUAGAAAGUCGUAAAAAGAAGUUAGAAAAGGCGCUAAGCUCUCAUGAAGAUCUCAAGAAACCUCAAGAACAGGAAGAAGAGGAGAAACAAUAUUCCAUUCGGUUUUUGAUUCUGGACUAUUUUGAAUACACUUCUGGCCACGGACCGCCUCGAAUUCUCGCCUCCAGGCAGCUGAUCAGAAAAAUAUUUUGGAUUUUAUUGUUCCUUGCCGCACUUGGAGUGUCUGUGUGGCAAAUAACUGAACUCUUCGAAACAUACCAGGCAAGACCCCUGGCCACUCAUGUAGCGAUACAACAUGAAACGGUGAGAAAACAGCUUCCUUUACUGUCGACACAUUUAGAUACAUGAAUAUAACUCUGUGUGGAGUUUUAGGACGGUCGUUUUAUCACUCACCAGUGUAACCACCAUGCAAAUCUUAUAGCUAAGAUUUCAUUUUCCCCUUGAGUUUUCCUGUCCUCUUAACGGCCUCUACCUCUUGCUUGCAUUCCACUGUUAACUUCAGCCAGUUAUUAUUAAUACAUUUUCGUUUCCUCGCGCGAGGUAUCUGAAUUUCUAACCAGUAUAGAUCCAGAAAGUACAAAACGUUUUUCUGAUUGAGCCAUGAAGCCAUGAAUCCCCGAAAAUACAUUCCAUGAGUUUCACUGAUUUUGCCAAGAACUAGGAUUUUCACUGCCCUUCUAAGUAUAAUUCUCUAGCUUUUCCUCCGAUUUUACCCAAUCAAUGGUAACCCUCAAAAUAAACCUGUCGUAAAGAUGAUAACCUUGCUCAAUGAGUGUAUUGGAAGAUUUUUGAGAUAUAUACGUAUAUACGUUUUUUGAAAUAGCCAAGCUACAAAACAUCAUAUUCUAUUUUCAAGAACUCUUAGAUUUCUUUUUAGUCAUUCGUUUUUCUUAUUAAUAUAAUACUUAGGUAACUUCGAUAGUUCUCUUAUUUGUCUUAAUCUUAAACAAAUUGUGAUUUUUAUGAAGGUAUGUAAUUUCCCUUCUAUGCACUUUUUAAAAUCCUUGUACAUAAUUUUAGAUCAAUUUUUAAUUUUUUAAAUUUAUCGUGUAGUCGUAAUUUACGCUGGGCCCCUUUUGAUACCGGCUACCCUGCCUAAAUAAAGUUGACUUGACUUGACGAAGCACGUAGAUGCCUCCGCGGUAUAACCAGGUCAAAAAAGAAUUUGCAUCACCUACGUAGUAAGAGAAGACAUACCAUACUGAAAAAAAAGUAGAGGACUUGAAUCUUCUUCAGCAACUCGGCGAAUCACACAUCCUGCAGAAGUUUUUUUCUGAGUUAAAACUAUUUACAAUAACAGAGUUUUGUAAAAAUCACUCCAACUUACUGAUCGAGCUUCAAUAUAGCUACAAAUAGAGUCGUCUGAGUUCAGAGGCGUAGUUAAGAGAGACCUUUAUCUUCUUUUCUAAGAAGUUGUUCUGUAUUUUCAGAGUCUCGACUUUCCUGCCAUUACCAUAUGCAACUUCAACGCAGUGAAGCUCAGUUCGGUAGAAUACCUCCCAGAGGAUUUAAGAAAUGAUAUAUUGGGAGCCCUCGAGGAUUUAAAAGGUCGGUUUUUAGUAAUAACAAAUAGCAGAUUAAUAUUCUAGGAAAAGUGUAACAAUUUCCCAAAUACGUCAAGUAUUUAAUCUGAAGAGAAGGUCGACAACUUGUCGAUUCUUUUCGUGACCGACUCUAGGCUGGUAGAUGUUCUAAACUUUGCAUGGCGCAAUUCUGUGUUUAUAGUGCGAAAUAAUGAAAUCUAAUUAAUCUGGACCGGGCUGUUCAAAGCUGGGUUAAGACACCCAGCGGGGUCAGAGUGAAAUUUAGAUUCAGAUAUGAAAGCCUUAAAAAGAAAAUUCAAUUCAUGAUCAUUAAUCUUUUCGUCUAUAAUUUGAUUUUUGGAUCAAUGGGUAUGAUAAAACGCGUAAUGUAACAUUUCAACUUGUUUUUCAGUAUGUUGAAAAACAAGUUAUAGUUUUCGUUACCCGUUUUAACAAAAAAAUGAUGGCAACAGUCAACAAAAUCGCGACAAAAGUUUCAAAGAUUAAUGGCGCCUUUGAGGCUCAAAUCAAUAACGUUAAGUCAACGUUAAGGUACGGGAAAACUGGCGAUAAAAACGUACAACUCGUUCUGCAACAUUGCUGCAAACUGAAAUUAGUUGAAAAGCAAAAUGUUGCGUGUUUUACCUCCCACGAGUCAAAGCUGUCUUGCAACAAUUAGGUUGUUGCGGGUUACGAAAAGUUGUUGCAGAUAGUAGAGAGUAGUUAUACUUUUUGCAACAAAAUGUGUACAUGUUGCGCAUUUUACCGGCCAAGGCAAACUUGCUUGGCAGCAAGUCCCAGCCGUUUAUGGCGUGACUCCUGCGUAAUUCUGUCCAGUCAGUUGUCAGUAUUCACGCAACUUGCGAUAACCUGAUUUGUUUGCAAGACAGGUUUGCCGAACGUGGGUAGUAAAAUUUAAUGCGCAACAUCACGUUCAAGGCCUCUGUACGAGUAAAAUGUUCCAAAACAAUUCAAGUUGCCCGUUUUUGUUGCUCGUGUUACCGUAGCUUUAACAACGGUUACAUUUAUCAGCAUUGUCAAAAUUUAAUGUUCAGAUGAUAAAAUUAUAAGGAGUGCCUUUUUCGUUGAAAGAGGGCGAGGCACUCAUUUUGGGGGAGUAGAUUCGGAAUUUUUUUCAAUUUGACAGGUGCACCCGCCCGGCGUCGAAAAAGAGCAGCCGGCUUAUUGAAGGAUCCCGCAGAGCCAUCUGAAGAGGAAGAAGAAGGCUUUGAAAAUCCCGAUUCACUUGAGGAAGACUUCAGGCGACGAGAGGAGUUGAUUAUGGUUAUGGCAGAAACUGAUACCGAGGAACUUAUUCCACUGGGACAUGCUUUUGAGGAUUUUGUGUUGAGUUGCACGUACCGUGGAAUACCGUGUGGGUAGGUAGUAUUUGCUUCUUUUUACUUUGUCUCCCCAUGCAUGUAAGAUAACUCUGGAUUCUGGAAUCCGGAAAAAGUUUCGCUAGUCUGGCUUGUGGAGUCCGGAAUCCGAGAAAUGUUUUCUUGUGGGAUCUGGGAUCCUGGGCAUUUGGAACUGGGAAUUCAGCUCAAGCGGGAGACCAUAACCUGAAGCGUGCAAUUUCUAUACUUGGCUUGUGCAACGGCGUUUUCACCGAUCGGUUUAUUUUUAUCAUUUUGCAGCACUUUUUCCUGCGAAAAAAACAUCAUGUUAAAACAUCAGAAAACACCUUCCUGUCUCCGGUUUCAACUGCAUGGACUUGUAAGGCUGAUUUUAUAUUCAAAAUUCGCUGAAAAUCCAUCUAAAAAUAAAAUGGAUGCCAUUGCGAGGGCACUAGAAAGCUGCUCACUUCGGCUUAUGGGCUCCUGGCUCAAGAAAUCCGGAAUCAGAGUGGCUAACGACUGGGAUCCAGACUACAUGAAGUAGCACAAACAAAAACUUUUCAUGUUUACCUCUUCACUCCUAUCUUGCUUUAUCACAGAAAUUUCACAAGCAGUUAUUGGACUAAUUACUGGCAUUAUUCUUAUGGAAACUGCUACAUCUUCAAUGCUGGAAGAGACAAAAAAGGAAAAACAGUUUCGGUGUUGAAGUCAAACAAACCGGGGCCAUCGCACGGUAAGAUAACAACACAGGAGUAAUACUAGAGGAACUCUUGCCAAUUAAAGUCUGUAAAGUUCAUUUUGAUUAAGGCGAGCCCUUUUAAGCAAUGCGCCGUGUUUUAUUAGGGACUUUAAGAUCCAACGACGUGGACAGUAACGAGAACGUCAAAAAAACAAUCGGUUUAAUUAGCAAAACAACCAACUUCGCACGUGCAUCACACUUUUUUGUACAUUUCUUUCCCGUUUGUGCACGACUACGACGUGAAAAUGCCUAAUUUCGCGUUUUAAGGAGGACGUAAACAAGCAACGUCGAAAUUUUAUUUCUCUUUCUGAGCUUGAAUAUGGUCCCUUGAAAUUCAGCUUCAGGAGGGUUCGCCUACCAUUGACAAAGUAAGUGGGUAGGAAUAAUCACUAUAAAGACUGAAAGAACGCAAAUUCAAUUUUUAAGCGACGUUCUUGUCGCCGUCGCGUCGUUGGAUCUUAAAGUCUCAAUUGUCAUGCAUACACGCGGUUUGCGCAGUUCUCGGCGCUAAAUUAAUCAUUUUCCUAAUCAGACUUUUCUUUUCGUUACAUCUACCUUUGCUAACCAUUUUAAAACAACUUGCUUUUUUCUCCUUCGCGUUUUCGUAGAAUUAUAACAAACACACAAGAAUUCAUGAGAAUCUCCGUAUGUAAUGGGGAAUUGGGAGAAUGUAUAGACUGGGCAAAUUUAGGAUAUACAACAAAACUAUUAUUGAUAUUACGUUUUAAGUACAGUUCGAACAACCUAGAGAGAGACGUAGAGCGUAGGGCGUAGGGAAAAGUUCCACAGAACCCUGAAACGAGGUUGAACUGAAUUGGAAUAGCUAGCACCCCCUUAAAAAUUUUCUGCUUACUACGUUGGUAAGACUCAAAUCCUUAAAUCUUGCCAAAUCUCUCUAAGAAAUUGUCCAAGGCCUUCUCGGUCGAUGCAUAUUUGUAACGUAGCCGAGAUGGAAGGCGAGGAAACCUCACAAACUCACAAAGACCACGUGACCCAACACAGAAAAACAAGGUCUAAUAUACUGGGACAGGCAUGCAAGAGAAAACCUGAAACAGGGAUUCUUGCUCACUCUAGUUUUUACUGCUCUAAUAAAUGAUAUGUAAUCAGAGGCCAUUUAUCGCUGAAGAGUUGCCCUGCUUUGUACGAUAUAGCUGACAAAGAGGAAAAUGCAGACGGUUUUGUUUUCGAAUCCAUUUCAUGGCAGGAAAGUAAAUUUUGCGUCCGAGAAGAGGGAUUUUUGAGAUCUAAUUCCUCAAAAUUAGUUGUCUUGGUCAACUCAUAUCACAUAGUGCAUGGGAGCGCAUUAGAUACAAAACUUCUGUAUCUCCUUUUAUCAGGGUUAGUUCUUGAGCUAAAUAUCCAGCAACAAGAAUAUAUUGGCGCCUUCGCAGAAGAAGCCGGAGUAAGAAUAGACAUUUCAAAUCAAGGCGAGAUGGCGUUUCCCCGCGAAAAGGGACUUAGUGCGCCGCCAGGGUUUGCUACGUCGAUAGGCAUGAGAAAGGUAAUGCUCUAAUUCGAUUCUUUAAUCUUCUCUUUUUACGCUGUGAGUGUCGAUAAGCUUGCCUGCGACGUGCAACUUGGGUUGAAGACAAAACAAUUCCUGAAGUUGACAGCUCAGUAGCAACUCCACCACUAAUUAGCCAGACGGUGGCUUUGCACUGUUAAUGCUAUAAAUGUCUUAAUUGCACAUUAUUGUCUACGUCCUUGUUCGAGGGCCCCGCACAACGGGCACCACUGCUUCACUUCUGUGUUCACUAUUUUUAAUUAUUAUCAGUUUCAGAUCUUCGUUCGCGUUAAUUUUUGUAUUUUGAGACUAAUGCACUGCAGUUUUCCUAAAUGAACUUCAGUGGUAUUUAAUUGUAGUGAAUUUUCAAGCUUCUGUAGAACUCUUAAGGACCGGUUCAGACGCCGAACUUUUCAUGAGCCGAACCUAAUGCAUUGAAUUGGGGGUGUCAGUAAAACGCAGGGUCGGGGUUGGGGUCGAAGCCUAUCUUUUUUUUUUAAAGAAUGCUGUAAGGGUUAGGGUUAGGGUUGACACUAACCCUAACCCUAACCCUAAAACAGCAUUCUGUGUCUCCAGCUGCCUGGGAAAACUAUUUUGUGAUAUCUUAAACCAACGACUUUUUGAGUAUAUCCUUUCUUUGAAUAUACUCCACAAAUCUCAAAUUGGCUUUUUACCGAAUAACCGCACAGCAGAGCACGUCUUCACUCUCCGAACCUUGAUAUCUUGAUAGAUAAGUACGUUUAUAAUCACAACGAAAAGAUCUAUGCUUGUUUUGUAGAUUUCAAAAAAGCUUUUGAUUCGGUCUGGCAUGACAGGCUCUUGAAUGAGCUGCUGCAAAUUGAUGUUGGGGGUUCUUUUAUAACUUAAUUAAAAGCUUAUUUCACAACUCUUCCUGCUCAAGUAAAAUUGCCCAAAAGCAAAAGCGAUCACUGAUUCCGUUAUGCGAGAAGUGUGCGUCAAGGCUGUAUCUUAAGUCCACUGCUUUUUACUUCGGCGGAGCGCGAAGUAAAGGAUUCGCGACGCUCAGGAAUGUAUCAAAGUUACAAUUUUUUGACAAGAUUGGGCAUGCAAAGUCUGUAGGUUUUCGGUUUUAUUCGGCUAUUUGACGAAGUGAGAGCCGAAUUAGUUCGAGAUAUCUCGAGAUCACUUCGAUUUCUUUGAUUUAUUCUUUAACUUUUUCGAGGAAGAAAGAAUUGUUAUUUUGGCUUCCCGGGGGUUUGAACCGACUCACCUGUGUGACCCGUCAGGUCAGAGGAGACUCUAAGUUGAGGGAUUAGCCGAUUGCGUUACUGCGACCCAAGGUAGUUCGGGAUAUGAAAAAUAGUUAUGAAAUUAUGCACUAGUUUCGGGACAAGAUUGGGCGUGCAAGUUCGCGACUUUUCGGCUUGUUUCGGCUAUUUCACGAAGUGAAACAGGACUACUUUGUGAUAUCUUGAGAUCACUUCGAGUUUAGUCUUUAAUUUACUCGAGGAAUGAAUAGAGGAUGUUACGUGGCCGCGCAGAGACACGAAAUUUCUCUUCGAGUGUUGAAAAACAUUUCACGAGUGAGCCCUCCUUUCGAACUGCUUUAUGAUGAAUCAGUAAAGUUACAAAAUGCUGUACAAAGACAUUUUGUCUUUGUUGAGUGUUACGUAGUAAAAUUGCUUUCAUGCUUUGUGUGACUUUCUCGAACGUUCUCUACUUUUUUGGAUUAUUCACGAAUAAUUAAUUAGGGCAUGUUUAUAUUUCAGCAUGAGUCAGCAGAUUUGCAUCAGUUACUGAAAUCAUAAAAUAUGUCGAAAAGCUACUACUAUUCGCCCGUUUAGUAUUUUCUAGAACCUUAUAUCAAACGGUAUACAAGUUCCAAGCGAGGUCUUUUGACGAACUAAGUUUUUUUCCCACGAGCUGGACUGCUGUGUUUAGUCAAGUGUGACGAAGGCCGAUUUUUAAGUUCUGUGUUUACAAGUUGGCGGAAGCCGUAAGAUAUCUGAAGUUCAAGUCAGAGUUUGUUAUUAUUGGUAGAGGCUGUUUAGUUGUACUUAAGUUCAAGUUCAAGUUUGUGUUGGCGGAUGCUGUGUUUUAAAGCUCUGAAAAGGCUAUGUUCCUUUGGUAUUAAACUUCCUUGUGUUAAUCCGACAUUCCUGCGUGCUGACAGUCAGUGAAUAAUUAUCCUCAAAACAUUCGAACUCGUAACAGCCAAUUCCAUCCUCAACGUAAUUGACUCCUUACCCAUGCUUUACGUAUCUUUAAUCAGUACAUGAGACUGCUAUGCUGUUUUUGAAGCCUGAUGUGACUAAGAAAAAUAGAGAAUUCUCUUUUCACUGUUUGUUUUGUUAGACUUGUUAUUCACCGCCAGUAACCUCAUAUUUGACUUAGGUGUAAACGUUUAGACCCAAGUCAAAUUUAGAAGGAUUUGUGUGAAGUCAUCAGAGCAUAACUGGGCUAAUAUCUCAGAGACAAUUUGUCCCGAAAUGCUAGUUCUUGGCAAGUAGGCCUCUUGGAUGUUGCUCUUUUCAGAAUAUCCUGACAAAUCCCAUAAUUUCACAAAUUAAUACCUUGCUCUUACCGUAUUUCAUUUCUUACUAUUCCUCCGCAUUUACAAUUAAUCAGUUCUACAACCGCGACGCCGAAGUGUACGCUCCGCAGCGUCUUGUUAAUCUUUAUAUUAACGACCUGCCUUCUCUAUCAUAUGCAGACGAUUUAAUCAUUUCAUCACGAUCCAAAACAGGACUACAAAAUUGCCUCGAUAAACUAUCUUCGUUCUGUACUUCCUGGAUGAUGAAAAUCAAUCCCAAGAAAAAAAAUUGUGGUUUUUCAGAAACAUGCGAGAAAAAAAAUUGCUGAUUUUCACUUUCUCAUAGAUAGUCAAGUAAUUGAUGUUGUACAAGAGUACACUUACUAGGAACUCGAAUGUCCGCAUCGGGAAAUUUUUCAGUGUUACGUGAACAUCUCAAGGAGAAAGCUCUUCAUGCCCUCUUCAGCUUGAGACGACACACGAAUCAUAGCAAACUAAAAGCAUCUCUCGCCUGUAAAAUAUUUGAUGCUAUGAUCUCCCCUAUUCUAACAUAUAACAGUGAAAUUUGGAGUGUGUAUGCCAAACCAGAUUUUAAGACCUGGGACGGCUCACAAAUCGAGAAGGCACACCCUCAAUUUUGUAAACGAUACUUGGAGGUAAACAACAAAGCUUCUAAUAUAGCUUGUAAAGCGGAGCUUGGUCGUUUUCCUUUAAAUAUCACAAUCAAUAAAAAAAUUCUGAAAUACCAUCUUUUUGUAUAUACAGUCUAAAGAUGAGGAAUCUCUCGUCAAACAAACUUUUUUAAUGUCAAUCGACUUACACUGUGAUGGCAAAAAUAGCUUCCACUCUCAUUUAAUGAAUUAAUAUGUCAGAAUAUUAAAGUUUCUGACUUUAACCCUGAUUUAUUAGAUAUAGCUAUGGUAAAAAGCUAUGUUAAGUUCAUGAAACAAUGGAACAUAUCUCAUAUUGGCAAAACACCCUUCAACAUUCUCAAAAACUUGAAUUUUAUAGAUCUUUUAAAACUUAUCAUACCUCUUCUAGUUACUUAGACUUAACAAGAGGAACAGCUGGGAGAAGGGCUUUAUUAAAACUACGAAUAAGCAAUCACAAACUAAUGAUAGAAAUAGGCAGAUACAAUCAAACUACGAAGGAUAAUAGGCAUUGCCCUUUUUGUGGAUGCAAUGUAAUGGAAGACGAAGUACACUUUCUUUUUCAAUGUCCUACAUACUCUAUGAUUAGGAAUAAAUUUUACUAUAAAGUCAAGACUCUGAUUCCAAAUAUUGCGCUGUUACCUAUAAACGGUUAGAUCAAUGAACUGAUGAACUCUUCUAAUUACUAUUCGAUCGAUAUACAAUUCAUAAAAUAUAUUUCAGCUUGUUUUGAUGUUCGUGACAAAUUAUAAUCAAAGUAACGUAAUUGCAUGCCCUCUGUUGUAAUUUUGAUUCCUAAAUAUAGCUUUUGCAAUACUGUAUGUUUUUGUAUGCUCAUGCAAAUAAAGCUCGUUGUUGUUGUUGACCCCGACCCCGCGUUUUACUGACAUCCUUAAGUACAUGAAACGUUCGGCUUCUGAAUCAAUUAGGAAACGCCUAUUUCAAUUUGGAACGGCUCAGCCGUUCUUCCCACCUAACCUGGCCGGGAAUUUCGGUUUUGGGAACAGCGGCUUUAAUUCAGACGCCAAACUUUUCAUGUCCCAAAGCUAAUGUAAAAAUUAUAAUUUUUAUAACGUACUUUUCAAGCAGUUUGAGCGAAACGAGUAUUUUACUCCUUUUGAACUUUUUCGGCUGGAAUUAAGAUCGUCGUCUAAACAGCCGAUCUAAAUAAAAUUCGAAUUAGGUUCGGCGUCAGCUUCUGAGCUGGGUCUUCUAAUGUAAUUCUAGUUUGGUCGGAACGGGGUGCUUUUCUACAGUUUCUAGAAUUAGCUUGAACGUGAUAUUAUUCUAUUGGCAGGUGGAGAUAAUUAGAGAAGAUCCAUUUAAUAACAAUAGAUGCUUUAAUGCAAAUAAAACGAAGUUGGACGAGGCGAAUCUGUACAAUCAUACCUUCAAAGUCGGGUAUUCCAGCUCUGUAAGUAUUUUGCGGCCGCUAUAGUGAGCGAAAUACAGUUCCUCGUUAAUUAGGGUGCAAUUUUAGUUCGCUUAAAUUAGCUAAUAGGACAGAAAUUAAAAUUUAUAGUAAGCCUACCAUUCAAAAGAUGUCUAUGCAUGUUAUGAACCCGUGGAGUUGAAUCGAGUCAGCAGAGUGGAGGUGUUUCGGCCUAAACAGAAUUCAUAUAUAGCUGGACAUUUCGAAAGCUCAAAUAGCAAUUUGGGUAAAAAAAAAACAAAACAAAACAAAACAAAAAACAAAUCUUUAGAAAGGAAUUUACAAUAUUAAUGGCUGUGUAGAAUUUUCAAGCGGUUUAGUUGGCUAAGAUAGCGUAACAACAUUUAUUUAGGUCAGAGAACUCGAAAACUGGUCGGUGUGGGUCCUUCGGUAUUUCAUUUUCGUACGUAGAAUACAAAAUUUCUACUGAGUGUCCUCUGAACAAGGCCCACAUUGAACUAUAUAUAGGGUAAACGGUACACCUUAUUCCACUCAAGUGCCAAGUCAGAAUUACACGUUUUAAGACAUAGGUACUUGUUACAAAACACUCUGGUAUUUUCAUUUGAAUUUAUUUUUCUUUGCUUUUGUCUUUGGGUUUACUUAAACAGGCAUGUAAAGAGUCUUGCCUGGCGUUUAAUCAAAGGAAGGAGUGUAAAUGCAUGGAGUACAGGUUUCCUAUUCCUUCUAAUGCGACUCCAGUCUGCGAUAUCCUCAACAAGACAGUUGGUACGAAUCGAAGAGUUUUAUCGCUCAUAAAAUGUUUCAUCUACCACUCACCUCCACUAAGGUUCAGUGUUCAACAAUGUUCCAAAGGCCUUUCCCUCUGUUAAUUCCCGGGAGCGGGGGAGAAGGGAGUGGGCGGGUCCCUCACUCUCUUUAGGGAUCCAUGGGAAGACGGGUUUCAGUUUAGGGCAAACUCACUUAACUGCAGACUAGUAAAGGCGACAGCUUACAGAAGUCGGCGGGAUAUCGAUGGAGUACAGUCUGACCCCCUUUCCAUGUGCACCUCCUUUUAAUACAGUCAGCAGAUUCUCUUUAGUUAGAACCGACCCUCUCAUCCUUCGACUCAGCAAAAUAGAUUUAUUCCAGGGUCUGAGGUCUGAGUUCGUUGCCGUUUGGAUGCCAUUCGAUUUGAACAGGAUUACACGUUUCUGAUACCUCCUCCUGCCUUUGCUUCUCAGUUAAUUGUUUGACCAAAGUUCAGAAAGCAUUCAAACGAAAUGAGUUGAACUGCACCAAAUCAUGUCCACCACCAUGCAGGUAAAAAUCUAUAUAUAAUUAGAAUUAAUCAAACAAUCGAUAAAUCAGUCAAUUAACAGUCAAUCAAUUAACAAUCAGUCAAUCAUAUAUCCAUUUCCUCCUUUGCAAUAACCUCCAGUCUGAGGCGUAAGUAAGCAAAUAAUUCCCUCCUUUUCCCCAACCACCCCUGUGAUUUCUGAAUCAAAUUGACACGACAAGUUUGACAUAUAUGCGGAUGCAACCGGAGACGACAGAGUCAACUGCCCAGGUACACGUUCAAAAUUUAAUGUUGGGCGUACUUUUAUUUAAAAAUGUAGUCAAAAUAUAGUAGAUAUUUGCACCAUUCAUUAAACAAGGACAUGGAAAUUUUUUAUAAGGGUAGCUAGCCUCUAAUAAGGCCUCCCCUCUAAUAUAUAUAUUAGGCUCACAAUUCCGUGGAUUUACUGAAGAAAAAUACUCCAAAGGGCUGAAAGGAGAAAAUUUGGCGAGUCAUUUAGUCAAUCCGUUGAUCAAAACGGAAGGCAGCAGUCAGAAAACAGAUUGCCUCUAGGCUAUCUUUACAGCUUUGGUGCGCGUAUAGGAGCAAUUCUUAUGGUGAUUUUAUUCAUAAAUUUUGCAGAGAGAAUGUGUUUAAAUUAACGUCGUCCUUUUCUUCUUGGCCCUCUGAGGCGUACCAGGUUUGUAUGAUAAAGUUUAUCGCCUUGAGAUUGUUUUUGUUGAACUGCAAAGUAAAUCCAAAAGUAUGUGUUAAGUCUAUACAAAAAAAUGAAGACUUAAUUUUGAGAUUGAUUUCCAAAACUCUAAACGGCUUGGAAACUAAAAUUUGAUAGCAUUUUGUUUUGAAUAAGGGUAUGGGCAUGAUUUUCAUUUGAACAUGCCUAGCGAGUGUAAAAAUCGCAUCCAGUCUGAGGAUUAAUGAGAGAGGGAAAAUUCUAUAUAUUUAGGCAUGACAAAAUUCAAGGGAACAUUGGUACUUAGAAAUAACAUCUCAUAGGCAUGGAAAAAAUGGGUUCAUGCCCUCGCAGCCCAAAAUUGACCCAGCCAACUUUAGGUCCCAGAUCUCUCGCCGGGUUGAUAAUUCAUUCCCAGUUUUUGCUCCUCUGGUUUGGCAUGCCGGGCAUGCCGAUGGUGAAGCCACUUGGUUUGGCAUGCCCGGCAUGACAGGCAAGAAAUUGGCAUGCCCAGCGAGACUGAUUUUGAUUUUCGCUUCAGCAUCAUAUCUUGAGAAUCACAUAUAGUCGCCAAAUAUAUCUUAGGGAGCUUGAAGUUACAGCUUUCAAGCCUGGCAAUAAAUGCAGAUUAUAACAAAAAAGACAUGUUUGUCACAAUGUGUGUCACGGGAUCGACUGGCAAAACUGAAGACAGAAGCCUGGAUUUAUAAAUAAAAAGCACAACAAAACAACAUUAUUCAUGCAUAAAAUAGAAUACUUAACUUGCAAUCAAAGAUCAAUCCUUUUAUUUCAAACCGAUACUGACAUUUCUGGGUCCAGAUUUAAAUUUGAUCGGGGAAAAGCGUCUUAAACAAUAAGAUAACAAAUCUUCUCAGUAUGAACUUAUCCAUGCUUAAGUUUUAUGGCGUCGGAAUGUUUCCCGGCCGACAGCAUUAAAAGACUGGUGAAAAUUAAGCUUACCAGGUCUUUCAAGUCAGUACGAGAGUACGACGUUAAUACUGCAAAGACGUUCUGAGUUGGUGAAUUUGGACUGCCUUCUCAGAGAGAUUUUGCUUAGUUUUUCAGUGCGCUCCUUGUCGGCUAUGCGAAUCUCGCAAACUGUUUUACUCCUUGCUGACGAUAGUCCUUUGAGCAACGUCAUCCGCGUCAUCCGAAGAUACCCCGAGCACGCACGAAAUCGGCCGAAUUUCCGCAGAAGUGUUUUCGGAAGACGAUGAAUCUAGUUUGUUGUAGCGUGGCAGUUGUGGCGUCACGAUGUCGUCAUGUCUCUUCGCACUUGUUUGUCUUUUUUUUUCUGCGGUGCAUGGUUGAGAUGUUGGUGAAUGCUGAACAAGAAAUGGACUCUGCGAGAGACUGUAAGUACAAAUUUAGUAUUAAUUUGGUAAAGAAAAAGCCUGAAUAUUGAACAAAUCCCGUGAAUUAGCCUUUAGGCAUUCAGUUUAUCUUGCGGUUGAGCAUGCCUAAGAACUCCGGCAAAAGUGGUUGUCAUCUCGUUCACUUCGGAUUGUUUCUGUUUUUAUGUCUUGUAAUCUUCUUCUGCUGCUAAGAAGACUAGAGAAAACUUCAAAAAUAAGAAACCAAAGCUAAAAAAAGUCAGAUCUAAUUUUAUAGCUCGAGUAUAAUUAUUUUUGGCACCUACGGUCAUAUUUUUUUCACUGUACUGGUAAAGUUACUUAUUUUUGCUGCAUAGUUUGACUGUUGUUUGAAAGACAAUCAAACGGAUAUUACAAUCACUUUUGGAGACAAAAUAAAAUAUCCGUAAAUCAAAUGCCAAAAUCAGAUUUGGAUUUCGCUUUAAAAAAAUGAACAUGCCGCGUGUGUCAAUGCAAAGUUGUAAACAACUCAAUAUAAGCAGUCUGUGAAUGUGCGUUUAGGUCCACAAAACUAAUUUUUCUUUUGGACAUCUCAUCCAAGCAAAGACUUAAGGCUUACAUUGCUUGUCUACGAGUGUACUACAAAAUGCUUUGCUACAGUAAGCCUCUGAGAGGCGAUUCUGGUAAAUUUAUAGGACGCUAAAAUGCAAAUAAUUCUAAGCUUAAACAACCUGGCUGGGUCCGACUUUUGAAUUACAAAAUGUUCACGUUUGCCGGCUCUACUUUCAAUGAAGAUGGUUUUUGAAAUGAUUUUGUACUAUUUUAUGAUUAAAUUAUGAUUGGGUUAUAAAGCUUUUAAAACGGACGAAAACUAAGCUAAUAAACAUGUUCAAUGUAAAAAACUAAGAUUUAGUCGCUUUUUCAACUUUGCUUUGUGGCCCGAAAAAUUUACCUUUACGCAAAAACAAAAGCAAACAAUGAGGCUUUUAUUCGACAUAUUUUCUGAGAAUUUUAUCUGAUCAAUUUAAUGUCACUAGCAUUAUUUUCGUAUAGGAAUUUUCCUAAUUAUGUGAGCUUUUAAUUUAAUAGUUUUGAUACUCUAUAAACUUCUCAUUUGAUAGCCUCACUUUUUUAUACACCGAUUGAGAAACAAAUUCGCACUCGUUAAAUCCUGUUUUUUGACCUAUUUAUUAGAACACUAGGUAACAUACGAAAUGGUGUAACCGGACAGGCUUUAACCUUUGGUCCUAAUUUAUUUUUUCUUCGCAACCCCUAAUCAGUUGACGGGCCGUGAGAGAAUAUCGUCACAAAAAGAUACGAAAAAGUUUUCGCUGAGUUUCCUUUACAUAUUCCGGCUUUAUAUGGGUCUACACCUUACCUGCUUAAAAAUGAAACUGUUGUUCAAUUAAGUGUCAGUCAAACUCGGUAUAAUCUUGACUUGCAAAUCCAAAUGCAAAGGUUUACUUCGCAGUAGAAAAGCGUGUAAACAUCAUCGAACAGCGCAAUGUAAAUUGGCUAAUGUGAAACCACGUUUCUUUCAGUUUAUUUACCAUGCAUUUAUCUCAAUUGCACACUCUUGUGAAAUUAGCCUCAGACAAUUAGUUGCGACCUUUAACAGACUCAACAAGCCAGUAUGAAAAUAUGUUAAGAGAAGCUGAGUCUACAUGUUCUAUUUCUUUUUUCAUAUUGCCCUUGCAUGUGUUAACAUUCCAUUUCUUUUUUGUUACAGGUAACUUCCAGACAUGACGAGGAGAUAAUUACUUUUCUAGAGAGCAAUUCUUUGAUACUGUCAGUUAUUACUGACUUACUUUGAGUUAAAAACAAAGAACACAGACACUGGUAAUGACACAAAAACAUUAAUCCCUGGCAAGCCUACAAAACAAGAAAGAGGAACUCAGACUUUCUAACAGCUUUUCUAACGUAGGGAAAAUUGCGUUAGAGAGAUUUGUAAUUACAACGUUAUAUUCAAGCACAUUGCAUUGUCAAACAUCAUAAUUUACUGAAUAAUGAACAAUGAUUUUGGGGCUUAGCUCAGUUUGUAAUGAACUUUGAAAGAUAUUCUAUAACCUUGUAUUUUUAAAAGUUUUCAUGGAACAUAGAUGCAUUUUAUUAUACAAUGAAAAUAGUCUCUGUCUCUCUUUUUACUGAUUUCAGUCAAUUCCAUUUUAUUCGCAAUGUGAAAUGGGAAUCCUAUUAAAGACUCAUUAAAAGGGGUGAGGAGUUUUUACAAUCCCCCAACGGGUCAUCUCCACGAUGACGCUGUUUUAUUACUACGGACGAAUCCCUCAGGGUUUUACUUGCUUGUGAAAAUUAGAGCUUUUGUUAUUUAAAGUUCUCUGGGACAACCAAAUCUAUGAAAAUGAAAGGAAUAGCAAUGACGUCAUCGUGUAACCGUACAUCAAAAGAUAAGCACUGUGAUCUGUUUAGUUUUUUUUUUGUUUUUAGCCAGGCUUAAAAUAUCUGUAGAUUCAAGGAAUUAUAACCUGAUCGUUGAGAGCAUGCCAGAGACCAAUUUUGGCAUGCCCGGCAUGACCCAGAUUAUGGCACGCCCGGCAUUCCAGAGAAUUUAGCAUGCCGGGCAUGUCAGAAAAUUUGGCAUGCCCGGCAUGCCGGAGAUUUUGCUGGGUAUGAAUUACUUAUUACUAGAACCUAGGCUUCUCGCGGCCUGGGUGAGAAGGUCACAGAACCUCAAUUUAUUCUUACAGGGCAUGCGAAAUUCUGUUGCAUGCCAAUUUCAAUGCAAAACCACUCUGGGGCCACCCCCUCUAUUACCAGUGAGCAAAUCAUUGACGAUAGGCAUGCGAAAAAUCCUUGCAUGCUAACCAACAAUGAAAACAUAGCAGAAAUGUCCUCAAUUGCUGAGUCAUGCCCUAGGGGAGGCUUUAAAAUACAGAAUUUCCUGACAUGGAUGAGGGAAUUUUCCGUAAACAGCAUGUGAUCAUGCCGGCUAGGACGUAUUGCCUCCGUAUUGCCCCUUUUUACAGCUAGCUAGGCUCAUUUUUAGGUUCCAUGGCCUGAAAUGACGAAAAAUUCAUGCCCUAAAUGUAAAAAGUCCAAAAACGUCCUCGAAAUUUUAGUUUCCAAGCCGUUUCUAUCGAUCCGUUUCCAAAAUUCUAUCGAUCUGUUUGCAUGGUCAGUCAAUAAAUUGAGGAAAAAGAAUCAAGCUUUCCUCCGUUUACACUACCCCAACUCUCCAAUUCAAAGGGAAAAAAAUGAAAUAAAUAUUGGCGUGUGACAUCAAAAAAGGAAAGGAAAUUUAAUUAUGAGUUCGAACCAAAAUUUGUCCACUGAAAUAGAAGGGUGAAAACUCAUAAGUUUAUAACCAAAAGCCAUGCGCGCUUACCGUUUCAUCAUUAUACGGCCUUUUCGGCCGGGAUGUCACUGUUCUGAACAACCUUACUCGAAACGUUACGGUCAAACAUCACCUUUGCAAGGUCCCCAAUCCCUCGUGAUCAUAUCUCGGUUUCUCUCUAUGUUGUUUCCCUUGAAUAUGCUCUAAUUCAAUGAAGUUACUUCCCUUAUUGUUCGUUAGUUUUGUAGAGCCUUUUUUUUCUUUAUUUCUAUUGCAGCCCUAUUAGUAAAAGUUAACGUCCAGAUUGUUUCUUUGUUGCAGGCUUUCUAUGUUGAACAGCUGGCCUCGAAAGGAAUUGAACUAGAAAUUGAAAAUAGAACAAACAAUUUCAGGUAAACUGUAUAAUGUAUUUCCAUUUAUUGAUGUAAAAAUUUGUAACUGUACAAACAGAAGAACAGGAUAAAAUCUAAUUUAGUCUUCCGCCCAUUUCAAACGUCGUGCUACUGCCGUGCCGAACUAAAUUGGCCGUUUUUAUACUAAGGACGCAUUAUCUGACUGGACGAACUUGGGCAAACAUUUUGUAGUUCGUCUGGUCAUGCGUGCCAGGUAUAAAGACGGGCACAAGACGCAUUAUGCGUCUGGACGAACUUAAUUCGAAAUACGUCUUGAACGACGCACUACGAAAGGUAGUUCGUCUGGACGCAUAACGCGUCUUGUGCCAGUGUUUAUACUGGAGACGCAUAACCCAGACGAACAACAAAAUAUUUUCUCAAGUUUGUCCAGACGGAUAAUGCGUUUUUACUAUAAAAAUGGCCAUUGAGCGAACUAAAUUCGACUUUAGCACGGCAGUAGCCUUACGUUUGAAACCAAGUUGUGCUACGGUCGUGCUACACGUCAGUAGCACGACUUGCAUUGGUUUCGAACGUCGCGCUACCGCCGUGCAGAGCUCAGUUCAUAAAUUAUAAAUACAUUAGAAUACAUUUAAAAGAUGCCUUAACAGUUUCUUUAAUUCUGGAUUUGUUUUUGGCAACAUGAACCGCCGUUCUAUUCGACUGGUUUAAAUUCGCCGUUUGAAACCAAGUCGUGCUAGUUUCGUGCUGCAGUCAAGCUACAGUUGAUCGAGCCAGCUUAGCAGGACAGUAGCAAGACGUUUGAAACAGGCCUUACAACCGGUACACUUGGAAGAAGUUUGUCCAAAUCACAACGUUAUCUGUAAACAAAAGAUUCUCAAUUUUCUUUUUAAACGGACCAAUAACAUUCAUAAAUUUGAGGGCUGUUUCCUCAGAGGUCAGGUAAGUUCAAACGGUUUUAACGUUUUCAACGGUCGCAAAGUUGAGCCUUGAAUUUUAUUGGUCCGUUUGCAAAAAACUUGAGAAUCUUUUGUUUUCAGAACACGUUCUGAUUGGUCAAUCUUCUUCCAAGUGUUGCUUUCCAAUUUGAGUGUCUACAAUGUGAAUUGAACUAACGAUCGCAGCUCAAAAAUAGUUUUCAAAAACAAUCAAAGGGGAAAAUGCGGCAUCUAAUUGAGUUUGCUAUUUUCUGGCAUAAUUACCCUUAACGGCUAUCCCAUUUCUUUACAGAUCUAACGUGCUCAAACUUAACAUAUUUUACGAGGAACUCAACUAUGAAUUCAUCAGAGAGGAGCGAUCCUAUGUAGUAAGUGCGAGGAUUUGCUAUCGUAAUGCCCGUGGACGUUCUACGAUUCCAAAGUGUCAUGGAUGACCGAAUGGGGACAAAUUAUUAAAAAACCAGGCUCCAGGAGCGAGGAGCGAGCCCAAAUAAAGAAAGCCGCGAAAAAAGAAAGCUUCAAGUAGAGCAGAAUCAAUUUACGGUGAAACUCUCCCCACACCAAAAAAUUCCAAUUCAAAUCCAACAAAAGAGUCUAAAACAAGCUAUAAAAUUUCCUCAAUCAUCUCAUCGCAAAAUCGUUAUUUUGUACCCAUAAAAAUCCUUUGAUUAUCCCCAUCAAGUAAAUCUGAACUGAACGCACCCAGCCACCCACUCUUCUACUUCAGGGUCGCGUCCCUCAUGAAGUUUCCGUGCCUGGGAAAAGUUUCGACCCUAACUGAUGUCCACUAUACUACUCUGAGGUUCAAAUAUCUUAAUGUACUGUAGGAAGUUCUAGUAACAACGACGGCGACGGCAAUAAGAUAUUUCAAGAGCCAUAAUGGAUCCUUAUAGUUUCAUAGCUACCACGUGAAAUUUCCUAAUGAGAUGUCCUAUGGGGAAGCAAAUACACGACGACCUAUUUUUUUUUUCUUUUUUAACUUGGGUGAGGCCUGGAUUUGACAUUCUAAGCAGUAAGAAUAAACCUGAUAAAGUUCGAAAAACGCAAAUUCAUUUUAGUAGCAAUAUUUUCACUUCCAUGGCCAAAGAAUUUCACUAAAGGAAAAAAAGCGGUGUCCAAAAUGUAGCUCUUAUUAACAACUUUUAGAGCCAAAUUGUGCCGCGCUAACCCUUACAAGCUUAAGAAACGGUCCAGAUAAGAACGAUAGCAACAACGGCAACGAACAUGUUGGAAUGCAAAAAAGGUGCUAACUUUUCUAUUGUCUGUACUUACUUCUGAUUGGCUUAAACAGCAAAAGUUAACAAAACUUCAUAAAGCGAUACGUAUAUUCAUCCUUACUUUCCAACCAUCUUCCAUACAACAAAACCGGGUCUCAGUUUGAAUAACAAAGAAUUCCUAUGUGGGGAACAUAUAAAAUUGUAAACUUUUCUUGGCUAUUGAUUUCAACUCCUGUGAUUGGUCAAAAUCUUUAACACAAAAAACACCCUUUCAAAGUGGAGUGUAAAUGCAUUUUAUUGGGUAAACGGCCUUCAUGUAGGUUUAUGCAUUCUCUGUGUAAAAAUGAAAACAUUCCUACGUGGGGAAAGCACCGUUGCCGCAUAACAAAAGAAAUUGCUAUCCACCUUACCCGGAUCAUUACUUAAUACUACUCCUUAGCUGCACUUUGUCCUUCGUCUCCUUUAUUUAAUUAUGUCUCAUUUUCAUCCAUAGCUUGUUAACUUCGUGUCCGAUCUUGGCGGUUCCCUGGGCCUUUGGAUAGGAAUGUCUGUUUUGUCAUUUGCUGAGGUUUUAGAGUUGCUGUUGCUCAUAGCCUACGCAUUAUUUAGAAAGUUGAGGAGACGACUGGAUGGUAGAAUACAAUCGUCCUCGAAGUCAGUAAGAAAAGCAUUUUAAUAGCUGAAGUGGCAUUGCUGGACUUGUUCUUAACCGUCUUGGUGUUAACCAACACACAAAAAGGAAACUUCUGUUCUUCUGAUUAUACACAUAUAGUAAACGCGCUCGAUCUGGAGAUAUAAGAUUUUAUUGAGAAACAUUCAAAUCUACGAGACUGAAAAGUCAUAUAGCUGUAGUUCAUACAGUCUUGGCCCAAAAAAACCCUCCGUUCAUCUCUUUCUACGCAUAUUCUGAGUAAUUACCCGCUCUAUCUGGAGAUAAACGAUUUAUUUAAUUUGAAAAAUAUUUAAAUCAAUGAGAAAGGUUAUAUAGCUAUUUAAUAAUAAACAUUGAUUACACCCAUGCACAAAUAAGUACACAUUUGAUUUGAUCUUUAAUUGUCACUUGUUUCAGUACUAAACCCGAGAGAAGAAUAGGAAUGAGACGAUUUAUUGUGUCCCUUCGAAGCCUCUUUCCUGGUUUUACUACGUUCGGUUAAGUGAAACUCGUAAGGACUUGAGAAGAGGCAUGCUGAGAGGUGACUGGCUUACUUGAGGUGGCGACAAAAAUCGAGUUAGCUCGAAGCGGAAAGUCUGGGAACGAGUCAUCGCCAGGCUCGGCCCAGUACUUUCUCAUUCUCUCUCUCUCUUUCUCUGAAAAAUUCAAUAUUAUAUUUUUCUGUUCCGGAAAGCUAAAUGACAACCAAAACAACUAGUGCAUUGUUGGCAUUCUAUGUUUUGAUGUUCAGCCCCCUAGCUUGAUGUCAUUUUGAUAGGCCAGGAUCAGUUAGUAUUAUUCAUUAG